AUGAACACAAUUUGCAAUAACAGUCACAGUGAUUUCACCCUCCUUGGCUUCUCUGACAAGUCAUAUUUGGAGAAGAUACUUUUGAUCUUUUAUUGCUUAACUCUUACAGGAAAUAUGCUCAUAGUUCUUUUGUCCUUGAAAAAUACAAAACUUCACAUUCCUAUGUGUUUCUUUCUUUCCAGUCUUUCUCUGUUAAAUCUCUGUUUCACAAGCAGCUGUGUUCCACAAAUGUUGAUUAAUUUCUGGGGUCCAGAGAAAACUAUCAGCUACACUGGCUGUGCUAUUCAACUAUAUAUCUUCUUGUGCCUAGGAGCCACUGAAUGUGUCCUUCUUGUCAUCAUGGCUGUGGACCGCUAUGUAGCAGUAUGUCAUCCACUUCAGUAUAGCACAAUCAUGCACCCAAAAGUUUGUCUACAGCUGGCUCUCCUGGCAUGGGGGACUGGCCUGGUUCAGUCUCUGAUCCAAUCUGCUGCCACACUCCAGCUACCUUUCUGCUCUCACCACAUGGUUGAUGACAUUGUGUGUGAAGUGCCAGAACUUAAGCAGCUGUCUAGUACAGACACUACCUACAAUGAAAUUCAGAUGUCCAUAGCUAGUGCUGUUCUCCUGGUGAUGCCCUUGAUCAUUAUCCUCUCCUCUUAUGGUGCUAUUGCUAAGGCUGUACUGCGGAUAAAGUCAACUUCAAGGCAGAGAAAAGCAUUUGGCACCUGCACUUCUCACCUUCUUGCGGUCUUGCUCUUUUAUGGAACUGUCACAGCUGUCUACCUUCAACCCAAGAAUCACUAUGCUCAUAAAUGGGGCAAGUUUAUCACCCUUUUCUACACUGUUAUAACACCAACUCUUAACCCCCUCAUCUAUACUCUAAGGAACAAGGAGGUAAAGGGGGUACUAAUAAGAUUAAAGAGAAGGAUCUGUGAUUUCCAGAAUAAGUUAGGAGGUUGA